UCUUUACAAAUACUCACUCAAAAAAGUGUUGAUGCUUUCUAUAGUAAAUUACAACCAACCAAACAGAAAUUUUGGAUAUUUUAUUUGUGUGAACGAGUUUAAUAUCACUUAAAUACAACUUAUUUAUACGAGAUUCUAUUAACAAUAACUCGAAGAGUGCUGAUAAAACUAUCAUCGACAGAUGGAAGUGUUUCAUGGUGGAGAAAAACUUACAAUCUGCAUAAUCAGCUGUCAGUGAAAUAGAUCAUCUGUCCCUGUAAAUAUAAAAGCUAAAACAAUCAUAACACGUUUUAGAUUAACGAGUGUAAAUAAUGAAGUAAACAAUUGCGCUACAAUGUGAGCCAGUGCGCGCGGGCGACGGGACGAAACAUCGAGGCAGAUAUGGGAUAAUAACCUAUCAGAGGAGCGAGGUGGUCCGUGCUCAGUGGACCCAGUAUGGCAGGGCAGCCGUAAGCCAGGGCGCGAGUUUUUCAUCAGGUCAAGUGUUAAAUCUGAAAUAUGUCCGGCGAGUUUCCGUUCGCGGCGAAGAUAGUGAGCCCUGUUAAGUGCAAUGAGAAACCUUGGGACCACUGGGUCAGCGAGAUCGGGCACCUGUCUCCGCGGCGGGACGAUGAGGGGUUCCCGGUGCCGGCGGCCGCGGACGCCAAGAGCGGCUCUGCGCGCCGCCAGCACGACGCGCAUCCCUAUAAACUGUCCGAGCGCGCGCGAUAUCGCCGAGCGGGGCUCAACCGGCUCAAGCUGGAGAGCAUGAGCCUCCAUGGACUAUUUCCACAAAUGGACAAUUUAAACGCAGCUAUGUGUCACAUGUGUGGUGUAAUAGUGAAGUGUAGUGCGGCUUACAGACAUUUAAUGGACUCUCACUCUUCGGCAGACCCCAUUCUACCCCCGCCACCGCCCGCGACCACAAGCAGGAAUCGAAGCCGGCAUAAAAAGGAACCACCACCUCCUAUACCUACACACCCUGACUUGCUCCCAGUGAAAAUGGAAACGUCCCCAGUUCACACUGCCACUGCCCCACACUCAAGAUUAGUCAUACCACCUCAACCAGAAAUGCAAUAUUUAGAAGAAGCGAGCACAUCCUCCGCUGUUAUGGGGGAAGUGCAAGUUUGUGUAGAAAGCGGUCAGUUACCUGUCGUCAGUAUACAGGACACAGAGGAGUUGCCCCUCGGAGAGAAUAUUACUGAUGAUAUAUUUGCAAUAAUGAAUUCUGAAGGCAUUCAGGCCGAUGACAUCACAAAUGCAGCCGAUUGGAAGAAUAUAAUUAGAGAUAUAGGUAACAUGCAAGACAUAAAUUUCCCACAGACCACCGACCCUGUUCCGACACAAGAACUGUAUCCCUCAUUAUCACCGUACACAUUACCUGAACAGGACAUGUUACAAUUUGCGGCACCAAGCACCUCGCCAAUGCAACCAUCUGUGAUAGAUACUAAAGUACUGAGCAGUAUAAAUCUAAAACCGACGACGCCAGCGGCGCCGAGCACGCCCUCAACAAAGUCACAGUCUAGGUCGAAAACGAGUAAAACGAAAUUUAAUUUACGAGAAUAUGAUCCGAACAAGCAUUGCGGCGUCGUGACGGCGGAGAACCCCAAGCCGUGCACGAGGUCCCUGACGUGUAAGGCGCACGCUCUGUCGCUGCGGCGGACAGUAGAGGGCCGGAUAAAACCCUUCGAUCAACUACUGGCCGAGCACCGAGCGUCGCGCGAUGCCAAUGCAGCCGCCGCCCAACAUGUCACUGCGCAGCACGCCGCUUCGCAGCACGCCGCCUCGCAGCAGGUCGCCGCGCCGCACGCUUCCUCGCACGCGGCCCUGCCAGCGCCGCUGCCGCCGCCGCCGGCACCCGUUGCGGCGCCCACGCCAGCGCCCUUAAACCUCCCACCGCUCCUAGUCAACACGGCUUUAGACUUCAACGCUUUUAACGGCAUGACGGCCGAGCAGCAAGUUAACGACAUCUACGCGAGUCUAAUCAGCGUGGAGGAUCCCAAUUCGGUGUUGCCGGACGCGGCGGAGAUCAGUUCGCUGCUCGGUCCGCCGCUAAACGCCGACCAGUUCCUGCUGCCUGACGAGGCGGAGUUACCGCCUGAAGUUCCUGUGUUGAGCAUAACUUCCCCCGCGGAGCGCGCGCCCGUCAAGCCCGAAGAGAAGCCGGACGAAACACCGCCGCCGCUGGUGCCCACCGACGUGUGCUGGUACUCCUCGUGUCCGAGGCCGCUGGCGCUCUGCACCUUCAACGCGUCGCACUCGGGCGGCGCUAUCACCCUAGGCAAAAAAUUCGCGACGGUACGAAGUAAUAUCAAAUCUUCGCUAAGUAGGUCACAAUGCAAGUCGACAGGCUCAUCGAACAAUUUUUACUAUAAUCAGAAUCCGCUGUCGUUGUCUAAAAGUGUACAUAUGAACGCUAGUAAAACGAACAAGCCCGAGGUGCGCAAACUGAUAGUGACGUGUAGUGCGACUAGUGGCGGGAAGAGUGAGGUGCAGCAGUCCCUGAGCGACCUCUUCGGCGGCGAGGUGCGGCACGCGCUCAACGGCCACGUGUCGACGUUGGGCUCGCAGAAGCGCCCCGGCCCCGUCAAGAACGCCAAGCGAGCGGCGCCCGCGGUCCUAGACCUAGGUUUCACGCUCGACGUGCUGGCCGACGAAAAAUGUUGAGCACUCAUAAGCAAUCACUGGUUGUGUAGUCACAUAAUUGUAUAUUUAUUUUUCUGUAAAGAAUCGAAUCGGACUGUAAAAUGUAAAAUAAUCACGAAUUUUAUCCCGAUCGGAGUUUAUAAUGUUACGAUAAUGAUAAAUCUCAUUUUUUUCGUCGAGAAGCGAACUAAUGUUUGUAUUAUUUUGUAUAUUAUUUAUAAGAUUUUUUUAAAUCGCUCUCCGAUGCGAAAGUCGGUAUGUGUCAAUGAAUUAAAAUAGCUUAUACAGAAUGGUUGUAUUUUUUCGAAAUGACAUAUUACUCAUUGUUGAUACUGAAUUGAAUACUGAAUAAAUAAAUGGCCUAGAAUUAAUAAUGGUUUAAUGUGAUGAAAAUUUCCAUGUAAAAAUAUAAAUACUAUAAGUCUAUCCGUAAUAGUAAAUCGCCUCCUUUUGAAAAUAAAGGGAAAUACC